AUGAACAGGUUGUACUUAUUCUUUGUUAUAUUGUUUGUCACAUUGGAAGCUGGAGUUGUUGAGAGAAAAAAUGAUGAUGAAGAAAUGUCGGAAUAUGAUUGUGAGUUUUGUGAAAUUCUAAAAAACUGUCAUCAAGACGUUUUUUGUUCAAAAAAGAGAAAAAUAAAGGGCGCUAAUGUGGGUUUUAUGUGAAAAUUUACAUAUCAAAAGUGCAGCUGUCAAAUGGGUUUCUCGGCGUCAGAGUUAGAGCAAGUGGUUUAUUUUUGUAAUAAUAUUAGAUCAUGGGAUUGACUUCACAAUCACAGAAAGAACUCUCACAAAAACCAUCAAACUGUACCUGAUAAUUUCAAUGUCUAACUUUGUAUUGCAAAACUAUUUUAUAGUGUUUGAAAAUACAAAUUCACCUAAUUGCUUUCAUUCAACUACUAAUAGCUCACAAUUAUGUAUGAAUCACAAUUUUUCCACACAUGAAUAGAAAAUUGAAGUUGAUUUAAAUGUUUAGUUGAUUGCACAAUAAUAUCUUUAUUGAUAUGAAUUAUAAUGAAACGCUUCGCAAAACACGAAAUUAAAAAAAUCUUAUGAUAAUGUUUUCCUAAAUAAUUCUUUAUUUCAUCAUGUUUACUCGCAACAUGUAAUUAGAUAUCAAAUAAUAAACAAAAAAUCAUCGAAAAACACCAGAAAAGCUUCAAAGUUUUCAAAAUCAAAAUAAAUGAGUUUUUUCAGUGCCAGAAAAGCCAUUCCCCGGAUCAGUAGUUCAUGUUAUGCAAAUUGUUCAACGUGACACCAAAGGUCAAACUCAAAAAGACAAACAUAUUAAUGAAAUAAUAAGAGCUCUUCCAACUGAUGAUCAUCUGGGCAAAUUCCUCAACGUAAGUUCAAAUUUUGAUAUGUUUAACAAAAAAAAUAAAAUGAAUUAUAUUUCAGAAUUCCUUCGAUAAAGCGGUACGCGAUGUUGAAACUGGAAACGAUGCGCUGCAUUCAAAACUCACCAACUAUUCCUCAAUCGCAUUCUCAAUUUUUCCGUUAUUUUUAGCUUUUAUGUUCCUAUGCUAG